AUGGGCGCGACUACAGCUAGAAGAGCCAAAACUCCUGUGUUCUUCGUCGGGCAAUUGGAAUUGAAAACAUUUUCGCCCGAAUUUGCGCAGUCUCUGGCUCAACAAUACCAAGAUAUCUUACCACUGCGGUCCUACACUCCAUCGGUAAUAGAUGAGCCGACCUCACCUACCCAACGAUGUCUUCGGAGAAUCAAGUGUCAACAAUGUUUGCGAGAUCUUGUUAAGGAACAUUCAGAGCUCACCGUUAAAGAAGAGCUAGAGCCCACCAACAGCUCAGACUGCGAGACGCUUUUGGGCCCCGAAUCACCAACUUCUUCAAGUCCACCAAGGCAGGAAUUUUCUCAAAUCCGCAACCCUCCUUCGGAUAACGCACUGCCAAUGCACCCAAUCACUCCUACGGAAGACUCAUCUGUGAACCAUACCUUUGAUAUCGACGACGGAAUCGGGCUUCAGAUCUGCAUGAAUCUUCUAAGCAAUGAAUUAACCACGACACUUUCCAAACAAUCCCCAGGGGGGAUGAAAGAUCGCGGCUCUGAACUUCAAAUUCUUCUCAUGAUUGAAGCAUACGAAGCGAUACAGCAACAAAUUCGACAACAACUCGAUGAAUCUCGCGUGAGAGGGGACGCCGUGGACUAUCAUGUACUAAAUGCUGAGAAGAUCUUGGAGCAAUGGUUGGGCGCGCUCUAUGCAGUUUACGACCGCUCCCAGCAGAAGACAUUUUGCAGUAGGAUCGUUCAUGAUAUAAAAGACGAAGAAUAUUGGCCAAGCCGUCGCUCAGUGGACUCUGAUAUGACCUAUGUGGAUUAG